AUGGAGGACUCGGCCACCACCAAAGUUCAAUCCCCUGCCUCGGUGAAUGCUGGCAAAUCAUCUUUGAAACUCCUUCGUUAUCCGCUUCGAUCAUCUAUGAAAUCUAAGGAAGAGAAGCACCCGGCUGCUGAUUCUGCAAACUCCUCUGUCUCCAAGAGGGGAAGACCUGCAUCAAAUGUGAGUAAGAGCGUGGCUGUUCUUGAUUUCUCUGGCAAGGAGAAAUCUGCAAAGCCGCCAAGAAGACUGUCUGUUCCUUCCAAGUCUUCUGCCAGCCCUGCUCCAAGAUCAGUUGGCAAUAUUACCCCAAUUUCUGAGGCUAGAGUGAAGAGGUCUGCAGCCAACCAAGGAAAGAGUAACACAUCAGUUUCUGAUGUUUCUUUAUCAUCAAGUCGAAAGAAAUUCUGCGUUCUAUCAUCAUCUUCUUAUUGGCUAUCUCAGAUUAAGCUCUCUGAAUCAGCUUCAAAGCACAAAAUAUCUCUUGGCUUCUAUAAACUUGCUCUAGAGGCCGGAUGUGAGCCUCUGCAGAAAAUAAGGGAUGAGCUUAAAUCCUAUGUGUCUCGCUAUGACCUUUCUGAACUUGGAGAAUCCGUGAAAGAGCUGUUUGAGAUCUAUAAGAUAUCUGAGAAUUUUGAGCAGUUGCAAGCCUCUGACACUGGUCCUCUUGUGCCUGAAGAAGGAAAUCAAUUAUCUGAUGACGAUGUUAACAGCUCUACUUCUUCAAUAACUGAUGCUGAGAAGCUGAAGCCGAAUAGAUCAGAUACAGAUGCUGGUGAAAUUCAUGGAUUACAAGAAACAAACAAGGAAAUUAGUAAGAAGAAUGAAUCUGUUAAUAAGAUCAAAAGAUCAGUGAACAAGGAUGUGACAAACUCAAAAUCUUCUUCAGAAGUUCGGGGCCGUAAUAGUACCCAAAAGAAUCCCAAGAAACCAACGAAGCAAGAAUUAGCUAAAGAUCGGGAUAAGUUGAAGAAGCAGGGAAAGAGAUAUACUGCUGGAGAAGGUCCAAUUCCCUCUUCACCGGAGAAAACACUUCAAGAGAACAAAGAAAACCUUGAUGUUCCCCAGAUGGAAAUCAGUGCAACAGAAGUGUAG